GUUUCUGGUGCCAGAAGCUUCAGGUGACGACUGUGAGCGGAGGGGCCUCCGUGGCAGCUUGCGGUGUGCUUGGGGGGGCUGCCCGUGGGGGCCCCGAGGUUUCCGAGGGGCUCACGGUAUCGCUUCUCGGCCUUUUGGCUAAGAUCAAGUGUAGUAUCUGUUCUUACGUUCUCGAUGCGAGGACUGACGCAUUGAACGCAUUUUCCGGUGCCGGGAGCGGAACUCGGAGCUUGCUCCAUCCGCUCCACACAUCGGCCCGGUUUUGCAGUUUAAUUGCCGAAAAAGACAGAGAAACACUUACUCUCGCCCCGCGCCCGGCCUGGUAUUGCACUACUUCCAGGACCGGCGCCAACCCAGUCCGGCAGACUGCCGGAACUAUAGAGACAAAAAGUGAGCUGACUAGCAGCUUGCUUUUCUUUCUCCUGCUGCAGCGAGGGUUCUCGUCAGUCAUGACGGGCUAGAGAAGGCGGUGCCGCCAGUACGUCCGAAAGGGUAUCCGGUUGCGCGAGCGACCGUGCUUCCCAGGUUAGUAGCCAAAGGGUGCUCUGGCUCGCCGGACCCCGAUAAAGCGAAAACCCCAGCUCGGGCUAGUAGCCGAAGACCUCGGUCGGUAGGCGAACGCCAGGGUUCGGAGGACGGAACGUGGAGCAACACCCCCAGGUCUCAAGGACGCCCUGAUCCACUGUCGAGAACGCUCGAGGCACGGAGACCCCAGCUAGGGCAGAACGUCGACUGCGGAUCCCGGAGGACCCUCCCAGGAGGGUAGACCAGCGAACCCGAGCCGGCGAAGAACCCCGACGCACCCCCCCACGAUGUCGGGACCCCGACAGGCGGCGGCGGACCCCCGACCAUCGAUCCACCCCCGGAGGCAGAGAGACUCUCAAAGCCCGGAACCCCGGCUGACGAGAGCCGCCUCCCGGCGGAGGACCCCGGAGCCCGAGGACGCCCCCCGGACAACGACGGAGCGUCCCGUGCGACAGCGGAGCCCUCCGGACCCCCACGGCGCCUCGGUGACAACGACGGGCCCCGAACGGCGACGGCCCCCGGACCCCGGCGGCCCCGAGGACGCCCCCCCCAAGGGUCUCCCCACGCUGGUGGAGGAGCCCCGAACCCCCCCGAUGCCGGACCCCCCCACGGACGACCCAGGGGAAGGAGCAGACGUGACGGCGCUCACGUUCCUCCCCUUCCCUCUUCCGGGCAAGCUGUUCUGCCCGACCUGCCACCCGCCGAGACAGUACAGGUCGCACGGCGACAUGAACAAGCACCUGCGGCGCUUCCACCAGCUGCGCCUAGCUUUUUACUGCUCCCUCUGCGGCACCGAAUACGAGGCCUUGAAGCUCCUCAAGAACCACCAGAAGGUAUGCCAAGGCCACGGAGCAGAGAGGAGACCCGGCACGCUGGUGAGGUCCGCCGCCCCGGCCCGGCGCACCCAGGCCGCGGCGCGGAGACCCGCCAGACCGGCCACCCCGCCGACAACCCCACCGGACCAGACCUCCGAGGACCGCCCUACGGAGAGACCUGCCCCGACGACGCCACCGUGCAGGCCUCCGCCCAGGGUCCCCCGACCGAACGCGACGCCCCGACCGGACAGCCCUCCACCGGGACCCCCGGGGCCACCCGAGGCCCCCGCCCCGCCGAGGGUUCCGGAGCCGCCGGGAGGAACCGAGCCGCCGGGCGCCCUCCGGCCCCCGAGCGUGCCGGAAUCUCCCGGUGCGGAGCCCUCCCCGCAGCAGAGGAUGCCCUCUCCAUGGCAGACCCUCUGGCUGGAGGAGCUCUCCCAGGCCACCACCUUCGAGGCUUUCGAGGCCUCGGUGGCCCGGCUCACAGAGGAGCUCUCGGCGGCCGCCCGGCCCGGCCAACCCCGAGGAAACAACAACAGACCGGCGACGCGACGAGACCACAGGCCCCAACCGCAGAGGCGACCCAGGCGCCAGCGCUACGACCCGGCGGCAGCCUCCCGGAUCCAGAAGCUGUACCGGGCCAACCGUCCCAAGGCGGUGAGAGAAAUCCUGGAGGGACCCUCGGCCUUCUGCCAGGUCCCCCGGGAGGCUCUCUUCAGAUAUUUCAACAGGGUCUUCAACCCUCCAACGGAUGCCGCCACCCCACGCCCCGCGACCGUCGAAGCGCUGACCCCCGUGCCCCCGGCGGAGGGGUUCGAGGACGCCUUCACGCCGCAGGAGGUGGAAGCCCGCCUGAAGAGGACCAGGGACACCGCCCCCGGCAAGGACGGGAUCAGGUACGGUCUCCUUAAAAAACGUGACCCGGGCUGCCUUGUUCUUUCUGUUCUCUUCAACAGGUGCAGAGAGUUCCGGCGCACGCCCGCCGCCUGGAAGAGGGCCAUGACGGUCCUCAUCCACAAGAAGGGAGACCCGAACGACCCGGGCAACUGGCGACCCAUCACCCUGUGCUCCACCGUCGCGAAACUCUACGCCGGCUGCCUGGCGGGCCGCAUCGCCGACUGGGCGGUGACCGGCGGAGCCGUCAGCCGAAGCCAGAAGGGCUUCAUGUCCACGGAGGGCUGCUACGAGCACAAUUUCACCCUCCAGAUGGCCCUGGACAACGCCCGGAGGACCAAGAAGCAGUGCGCGGUGGCGUGGCUGGACAUUUCCAACGCCUUCGGGUCCGUGCCCCACCGCCACAUCUUCGACACCCUCCGCGAGCUGGGCCUGCCGGACGGCGUCACCAACCUGGUGCGCGAGCUCUACCACGGCUGCACCACAACCGUCCGCGCCACCGACGGGGAGACCGCGGAGAUCCCCAUCCGGUCGGGAGUGAGGCAGGGCUGCCCCCUCAGCCCCAUCAUCUUCAACCUGGCCAUGGAACCGCUCCUUCGAGCCGUGGCGGGCGGCCCCGGCGGGCUCGACCUCUACGGCGAGAAGCUGAGCGUCCUGGCCUACGCCGACGACCUCGUGCUCCUCGCCCCCGACGCCACCCAGCUGCAGCAGAUGCUGGACGUGACGUCAGAGGCGGCCAGGUGGAUGGGCCUGCGUUUCAACGUCGCCAAGUGCGCUUCCCUGCACGUCGACGGGAAGCAGAAGAGCCGCGUCCUGGACUCCACCCUCACGAUCCAGGGCCAGGCGAUGCGGCACCUGCGCGACGGGGAGGCCUACUGCCACCUGGGGACGCCCACCGGCCACCGGGCCAGGCAGACGCCGGAGGAAACCAUCACCGGCAUCGUGCAGGACGCGCACAAACUGGACUCGUCCCUGCUGGCCCCGUGGCAGAAGAUCGACGCGGUGAACACUUUCCUCAUCCCCCGCGUCGCGUUCGUCCUGAGAGGCUCGGCGGUCCCCAAGACCCCCCUCAAGAAGGCGGACGCCGAGAUCCGACGGCUGCUCAAGAAGUGGCUGCACCUGCCGCUGCGGGCCAGCAACGAGGUCCUGCACAUCCCCUACCGGCAGGGGGGUGCCAACGUGCCCCGCAUGGGAGACCUCGGCGACAUCGCCGUGGUCACCCACGCCUUCCGCCUCCUGACCUGCCCGGACGCGACGGUAAGUAUCAUCGCCGCCAGCGCCCUGGAGGAGACCGCCCGCAAGAGGAUCGGCAGGCAACCCACCGGACGUGACUUGGCCACCUUCCUGAGCGGCUCGCUGGAGGGCGAGUUCAGCCGAGACGGCGGGGACUUUGCCUCGCUGUGGAGCCGAGCCCGCAACGCCACGCGCCGCCUCGGGAAGCGCAUCGGCUGCGCCUGGACUUGGACCGAGGAGCGCCGGGAGCUGGCAGUCUCCCUGCAGCCAGCCCCGCACGCCGACUCCGUGACCGUGACGCCCCGCACGAGGACCUUCCUGGAGAGGUUCCUGAAGGACGCCGUCCGCAACAAAUACGCCGGCGACCUGAGGGCCAAACCCGACCAGGGCAAGGUCUUCGACGUCACCUCGAAGUGGGACGCCAGCAACCACUUCAUGCCCAGCGGGAGCUUCACGCGCUUCGCGGACUGGCGCUUCCUCCACCGCGCCCGCCUCAACUGCCUGCCUCUCAACGGGGCCGUCCGCUUCGGCCACCGGGACAAGAGGUGCCGACGGUGCGGCUACGCGGCCGAGACCCUCCCCCACGUGCUGUGCAGCUGCAAGCCGCACGCCAGGGCCUGGCAGCUCCGCCACAACGCCGUCCAGGACCGGCUGGUGAGGGCCAUCCCGGCCGCCGCGGGGCAGGUCUCCGUCAACCGCACCGUCCCGGGCUGCGAGAGCCAGAUGCGCCCCGACAUCGUGAUCACCGACGAGGAGGCCAAGAAGAUCACCAUCGUGGACGUCACCAUCCCGUUCGAGAACCGGCGCCAAGCCUUCGCCGACGCCCGGGCUCGCAAGCGGGAGAAGUACGCCCCGCUGGCCGACACCUUGAGGGGCCGCGGCUACGACGUGACGGUCGACGCGCUCAUCGUGGGGACGCUCGGAGCCUGGGACCCCAGUAACGAGAGCGUCCUGCGCGCCUGCCGCGUCUCCCGCCGCUACGCCAAGCUGAUGCGCUGCCUCAUGGUGUCCGACACCAUCCGGUGGUCCCGCGACAUCUACGUGGAACACAUCACGGGCCACCGCCAGUACACGGACCCCAGCAGGAGAACAGCCGCCGGACCGGACCCGGAGGGGACCGCCUGAACCGCCCCCCUCCGCAACAGACGGACCUUCGCUUCAAGAGGACUCAUCAACGACGGACGACGACCCAGCGCCACCCGAAGAGGACCCCCGCGAUAGACUGUAUCUAGACUGAGACGCUUCAUCUUCGGACCACUUCUCCCACCGUCGCGGACCAUUGUCACGGGUAUGUGUGUUUCUAUCCUCUUUCUCUCUCAGCGUCGCGAAACCCCCCCCUCCCUCCCCCUCCCCACUCCCCUCUCCCCUUACCCCCGGGCUUAGUUGGCUAACUUUGUAUCGCAUGUAACCUAGGUGCGUUCCCAACCUCACCCCCAUCCUUUUAUUGUUAGUCCCUCGCCCGGGCGUUCUGUAUUUCCCUAUCGGCUUUGUCAUCUUUUUUGGAUUUACCAUCCUUACCAUUUACUGAUAAAAGUCAAUCUGUUCUUAUCAGUUUAAUAUCUGAUAUGUCCUCGAUGUGAGGACUUUAUAUUAAAUGGAUUUUUGGAACUGGGAGAUGGACUCGGAGCUUGCUCCAUCCACUCCACGCAUCGGCCUGGUAUUGCAGUGCCUCCAGGAGCGGUGCACCUCCCCUCGGGGAGAACUUGCUGCUGUCAAAAAGUAGAUCUCGUCGCUUCUUCAGAGACAUCUGGGGGGGCUGGUGCCAGGCAGGAGCCUCCAGCAGUCUGGCAGGCAGGCUACUACUUGGCUGAAGCCUUCAAGAGGACAGGGUGGCUGGCUGUCUGGAGGAAAGCGGUCCCUCUGCCUGCACCUGGAUGGAGAGCGUGGUCAGCAGCGUGCAGCUGAGGGGGGUGUCAGGGGCAGCCUGCUUGGUGACCCCCUGCGAACAGCUCUGUCACAGCGGAAAUCCUCUGUCACAGCAGAAAUCGUGGGCUUUAGGAUGCCGGAAAGCCGUGGCUGUUGUCGUCACACUGUUAUGAAGAAAACGAACCAAACUGAACACAGGCCGUACGGUACGGUACGGGACAUCUCAGAGGUCAGAUGCGAGCCAGAACUGAAAGCUGGAAGGCCUGGGAAGAGCCAGAGGCCGCCACAACACCAAGGCGAGGCUUCUGGAGCACGACGCGCUACACACCACCUACGUGGUGAGUGCAUGCAUCGUUUUGCCGUCGCGUGGCGUUGGAGCAGGGGGAGAUGGACGGUGCGGUGGGAGGAGCGCCCCCCGUGAGCAGGGGAGACGCACAAGCCCCGUCUCCCGGCCCAAGGCUCCUGUUCAAGACUGCCACCUACAACAGCUUGCCUGGCGCCUCGUGGCUGGUGGCCAUAUGCAAAAGCAUUGUUCUCGUGGUUGGGUGUGAACUAGCUGUGAACAACUGAGAGGCUCCACACCCAGAACUGAAAAGGCUUGGCUCCAUUUAAAUUGUCCUCGACUCCUUCACAGGCAACAAUUCAGGGUGUUUGAAAGACUGCCUGCCAGCGCAGGCUUUUUGUUGCUCCCCUGGCGCAGGCGCAGGCAGUCUUCCACCGGGUGUCUGGCCCUUUUUUAAAGGAGCAGCGUGUCUGAAGCGCGCCUGCACGCUGCACUGCCGAGGGCCCUGCACAGCACGCGGCGGCGAGUUCUGUCUUUUGGAAGGCGUGUUAAAAUGGGCCACGUCUGGCCGUACUGGAACCGGUCUCGGCUCGUUCACGCAGCAGGCCAGGCCAGGCCAGGCCAGGCCAGCAGCUUCAGGGCAAGCAGGGCAAGCGGCUUCUGAAGGAGCAGCGUGUCUGUGUUGUGGUGCUCCUGUUCAGGUACAAUUAGCGGGGUUCCCACUCGGUGAUUAAGGGUGUUCAACCACAACUGAAGCUCCUGGUAUUGCAGUGCCUCCAGGAGCGGCGCACCCCUGUGUCAAAAAGCAGAACUCACCGUUUCCCAGGGAGCUGCUUGGGGGGUGGGGCUUGUGCUGCGCAGGGCCCUCGGCAGUCCAGCGUGCAGGUGGACUUCAGACACGCCGCUCCUUCCAACACGCCGCUCCUGUAAAAAAGGGCAAGACACCCUGUUUAAUCGCUGAAAACACGGAGAACCGCUUCUUUUUUCCCCCGCGCUUGGCCUGCUGUUGCACUUUCUCCAGGACCAGCGCCAACCCAGGCCGGCAGACUGCCGGAAUAAGAGCAGCAAAAAGUGAGCUGACUAGCAGCUUGCUUUUCCUUCCUCCGCUGCAGCGAGGGGUCUCGUCAGUCAUGACGGGCUAGGGAAGGCGGUGCCGCCAGUACGUCCGAACGAGCGCCGGUUGCGCAAGCAACCGUGCCGCUCAGGUGAGUAGCCAAAGGGUCUCACGGUUCACCAGACCCAAUAAGGAGGACGGAACGUGGGUCAACACCCCCAGGUCCCAAGGACGCCCCGAUCCACUGGCAAGAACGUUCGAGGCACGUCAGGAGACCCCAGCUAGGUGGACCGCCGACUACGGAUCUCGGAGGACCCUCCCAGGAGGGUGGAACCAGCGAACCCGAGACGGCGACGAACCCUGACGCACCCCCCACGAUGUCGGGACCCAGGUCAGGAAGGCGCUACCGGUGAGGGCAGAGCAGCGGAAAUGGGGGUUGGUAAGGUCAGGGGAGUGUCCGAGGGAACUAUGCAGCAGGGAGGAAACGGUGUUCCACGUGUUAUGGGAACGCUCAUAUGCACGGAAGGUUUGGCAGAGAGUGGCGAGGUUUUGUAAAGAGAUAGGGUGGGGGGAUUGUGUGAGGUACGAGGGAGCGGUGUACGGUCUGGCGAGGCGUAAAGUGUGGGAAUGGGAGAUUCGGGUUUUGCUGUUGUGUACACGGAUGGCAGUGUGGGAAAACGAGAUGUUCAUUGGUCCAGAAGGGGCUUUAUUUUACGUCACGGGAAUGUGUUUCUUUGGCGUACGCAGAGUUGGGGUACUAUCGACGGAAAGGAGAAGGGGAGUGGGAAGGUACUGAUUGGAAGAAAUUGUUUGAGUAAGAGGGAAGGAAGGGGGAGGGAACGGUGAAGAGAAACAACUGUUUUGAUGUAUGUUAUGUUAUGUUAUUUUAUGUUAAGUGUUGAUAUUUAAGAGAGAGCUGAAACGCUUUGUAGUUUGAAUCUGUAACAAAGGGGGAAGCGGUUUUCUGUUUUGUACAGGAAAGUUUUGUUAUACUAUGACGUGAAUGGUGUUAUUUAGAGCUCCGAACCGGGAAAAGAGAACAUUUUGGUGGUGGUGGUGAACGAGGUAUGAUUUUAAUGUAUAUAAUAAAAAAAAAAUCAAAAAAAAAUCUGUUCUUAUCAGUUUAAUAUCUGAUAUGUCCUCGAUGUGAGGACUUUAUAUUAAAUGGAUUUUUGGAACUGGGAGAUGGACUCGGAGCUUGCUCCAUCCACUCCACGCAUCGGCCUGGUAUUGCAGUGCCUCCAGGAGCGGAGCACCUCCCCUCGGGGAGAACUUGCUGCUGUCAAAAAGUAGAUCUCGUCGCUUCUUCAGAGACAUCUGGGGGGGCUGGUGCCGGGCAGGGGCCCCCAGCAGUCUGGCAGGCAGGCUACUACUUGUCCGAGAAGGACAGGGUGGCUGGCUGCCCGGAGGAAAGCGGUCCCUCUGCCUGCGCUUGGAUGGAGAGUGCGGUCAGCAGCGUGCAGCUGAGGGGGGUGUCAGGGGCAGCCUGCUUGGUGACCCCCUGCGAACAGCUCUGUCACAACGGAAAUCCUCUGUCACAGCAGAAAUCGUGGGCUUUAGGAUGCCAGAAAGCCGUGGAUGUUGUCGUCACACUGUUAUGAAGCAAAACGAACCAAACUGAACACAGGCGGUACGGUACGGUACGGUACCUCUCAGAGGUCAGAUGCGAGCCAGAACUGAAAGCUGGAAGGCCUGGGAAGAGCCAGAGGCCGCCACAACACCAAGGCGAGGCUUCUGGAGCACUACGCGCUACACACCACCUACGUGGGGAGGAAGACACACCGCUGCACCGAGUGCAGGAAGGACUUCAUCAGCUGGCAAGGCGUGUCGCACCACCGGUGUGUGCGGAGGGGGCAGCAGCCACACCGCUGCACCGAGUGUGGGAAGAGCUUCAGGCAGCCGUCCAGCCUGGCCCGGCACCACCGCAUCCACACAGGGGAGAAGCCAUAUCCGUGCUCUGAGCGUGCGAAGAGCUUCACCUACUCCUGCAGCCUGUGCCGAACACCGGUGCAUCUCGCAGGGGAGAAGUGACGUGGGUGCUCUGAGUAUUGGAAAGGCUUCACCCACCUCUCCCACCCAUCCUGGAAUCAGCACGUCCACACCCAGAAGCAUCCCUAGUUGUGCCGGCAGUGCAGGAAGGGCUUGGAGAUGUGUGCCUGCUCAGCACCCAGCAGGGGCUGCGUUCAGACAAGCACCCUCAUGCUGGUGGCCUGCAGAAGGAGUUCCCCCAGGCUUUGUCCCUCGUAGGGCACAGCGGGAGUCCAGAGCCCAGAGGCUGGCCCCCAAGGUGUCAUUGUCGGGGAAGGGGGUUAAGAGGAAACGCCUCAGGCAGAGGUCAGCCCCGAUGUAGGGGAAGGAGAGGAGGUGAUCUUUGCAUCAGCCUUGGAGCCUGUGCAUUCCCCAUCAGUCUCUAACAGUACUCCCAGGGGAAGAAGUGCGUUCACGCUAGGGUGCCCUCCCCCACACAGCUGACUUCAAGUGACACCCGGGCACUUUUCUUCGCUGCCUCCCAGCUUUCUCCUUCCUCCUGGUCCAGGGGUUCUGGUGUAUGAGCCCCUGAGUUGCAGGGAGGAGUGCAUUUAAGGCUGGGGAAGCAUUCCCUACCCUCCUCCCUGACCUCGCCUUUCCUCACCACCACAUCACCCCUCUCCCAGACCUGCCCAUGCCCAGUGGGGUCUGCAAGGAGCUGCUUCUGCCACCCCCGGAGCCUUUUUGGCCUAUUUUGCCCAGCCACGAGGCCUUUUGGAAGAGCGGGAGGGAAGGCUGCAGCCUCUGCGGGAGGAGCGCGGCGAGCGCUGCCCAUUUGUGUGCAAGGGAAGAGGAAUCCAGCCCGGUGAUUUUCUCUGGGGGGCCGAGCGCAGAUCAAUCUCGCCGUGUGCUGUGAAGCCUAAAGGACACCUUGAAAAGUUCUUUUCUUCUGUCAGGAACCGGCGGACGGCUCCCUCCCCGCGGCUCCUCGGGGACUUCCUGACGGGUUCCCGACAGCAAAGGGAACGUGGUCCCCAGCGGCCGCCGGGCGCCGGCCUCCUUCCCCCCAGCCAGCCCCAGGUCGCAGGGCAGCGCCUGGGGACCGGACGCCGGCGAGCACCGGGCUGCCCUGGGAUGCGGCUUUGCCAACGCUCCUCAAUCCCCUGGGCCUGGGUCCCCCACAGCUCGUCCCUCCCCUGCAGCGCCCCGCCAGCUCACCCACGGCUCUCGUGUGCCCCUUGCACCCCCUUCAUCUCCGUGGUGCUAGUCAGUGCUGCUUCUCCUCCUGGUGAUGUAAUCUUUUUAUGUAAUCUUUUUUAUGGUAUAUCUAGCUUUUGCAAACUAUAUCUAACUGAAUACUUAAGGCAACUUACUGGUGCUGGGAGGGGUGUGGUAUGUGUGUGUUAAGAGAUGCUUGCAGAGCACAGCGUGUGGGAUGCGGAGGAUUCCUGGAAUGCCUCCCUAACACCAGCAGGAUAAUGUCUCCCUGACACUUGUAAGAUAGCAAGAAGUUGAGAAAAAGGUCUCAUUAUAAUGCUAAAAAUCACACCCCUGGGCAGAGCAAAAGUAUGUUAAUGAAACAUACAUGUAUGCAAAUGAAAUACAUGGCUAAACCAUAGGUAUAGAGACAUGCUCAGUAGAGAACGUCUUAUGUCAGUGGCUUGUAACCAAUCACUGAGCGAUACACUUGCAAACAUAUGUAUAAAAGGUACCCAAAGGUAGAAACCGGUGGUGCUUGCUUUGCAAAAGAUUGCCAAGCACCCCUCUCUGCGCAGACUUGAAACAAUAAAGAUUAAGUUGGAUCCUC